AGAUUCCGACCUUGGCUUACCAAUAAAAUUGACAGUUGCAGAUUCCCUGGUGUUGAAUGGAUUGAUCGAGACCUAAACAUUUUCAGAAUUCCGUGGAAACAUGGUGGAAAGCAAGAUUGGUCUGAACAAAAUUCAUUAAUUUUCAAGGAAUGGGCUGUGCAUACAGGCAGAUUUCGUCAAGGAGUUGAUAAGGCAGAUUGGCCAGGCUGGAAAACGAGGUUUCGAUGUGCGAUGAAUAAAUUACCAGAUAUCCGAGAAAUAAAAGAAAGAAGUCAAUUAGAUGGAGAUGAACCAUAUAGAGUGUAUCAAUUUUUAAACAAACAACACAGCUAUACUAAAGAGUUGUUGAAACAUUUAGAUAGAGGAUUAUCCAUUCAUUGCAAAAAUGGGGAUGUAUAUGCCACCAGAAAAUGCAGGGUGGUUGUAUUCUUUGCGUCACCAGAGUCCAGUAAUCCUACAAAAAUACACAGAAAUGAACAAAGUCAUAAAAUAUUUGAUUAUAAAGCGUUUAGGGUAGCACUUCAUAACUAUGUGAAUGGUCAGGGGCCCAAGCCAUCUGCUCAAGUGUUACUUGGUUUUGGACAAAAAUGG